CGCUUGCGAUCAAUGUAGAACAGGCUUUAAGCAGGAUAUACCCCUAAUCGCUUUCAGACUUUUCUCUGAUAAUAGUGCAAAAAGAGAACUUGACGAGAUUACUUACCCCUUGAAUUAUGUGAGUUACUUGACUGUUGCGAAACUCUAUUGUAAAUUUGGACUUUCUCUGUUAACUACAGUUACACGAAGAAGAAAAGAAAAACAUGCUGAAGGUCGCAUGUUUGAAGCAACAAUAUUCAAAAUAAUCAACAGUGUUAUACGAAAAGUGAACGGAAUUAGAACUGUUUUCUCAAUUUGCAAGUAUAGAAGAAUUUAUUAAAAUGCGUAACGGAAAGUUUUUAUAAAAUACACAUAAAGAAAUAAUAUAUAAAUAUAUCGUAAAUAAACAUGUUAGAAAAAACCUUGAAUAUGUGAGAAAAUAAAAGCGCAUACGUAAUGUAUUAAUAUUGCAUACAUAUUUUUUGCAUAGAGUGUGUGUGUUAUAUUAAUUUACAUAUAAUUUACAUAUAAUAAGAACAUUUCGGUGCGUUUCUAUAAAUUGAAACAAUGUCAAGAACAGAAUCACACAAUAAUAAAGAAGCUGUAGAAGAAGAAGUAAUCGCGGCGAUGCGGGAACACGGAUAUAGUUUAAACGCCGUAAAUAAUUAUGACGAGAAUUUGCUGCAUAUAAGCGCAGCGAACGGUUGCUCUAGGAUCAUAAAUGAAAUCUUGAGUCGACAAGAAAACUGCCGUGUCAUUGACAGAAAAAAUAAAUUCGGUUGGACUCCGCUAAUGCAAGCAAUUCGUAAUGGGAAUAUCGAAAGUGUGAAAUUACUCUUAGAGAAGAAGGCCAGUGUUGACGAAGUGACUUAUCUUGGUAUGUCUGUCCUUGGAUUAGCUGCUGCGAUUAGCAAGGAAAUGUUUGAAAUAGUGUAUAACGCUUGUCCGGACGCGUUAGCAAACGCAGGUAGCGACGAUAUUACUCCAUUAUGUGUGGCUGCUAUGAAGAAUGACAAAAAGUUGUUUUUUCAAUUGAUGGAUUUAGGGAUACCACUUGGAAUUACUAAUGAGUACACUCGCAUCAUGAUGAGGCUUUCAACGGAACAGGAAAUAAGCGCUCUAGUGGAGGGACAUUUAUCUAUGGACGAUUAUUGGAACGAUAUAUCGGAUAAUAUCCAAGUGAUGAGCGAUCAAGACGUCGUUGACAAGACUGAAGAUCCAAUUUUCAAAAUUGAAAAGCAUAAAAAGCGAGAUCUAAAUCUGAACUUAUUAUCCAUGCCUAACGAGUCCAACAAAGGUUUAAUAUCACCGAAUUUGACAUAUCACACCGUGCCAUCUCCGGAUAUUGUUUGUUUUACGGAUAUUGAUCUCACAAAGAAAGCGAAUAUAUUUUUUCAAGAUAAAAAUUUAAGCAAAGAAACUUCGGAAAGUGAUUCGCAGAAGUGUCUUGCGACGGACGAGUAUAAACUUAAAUUACUUCCGAUCAAUGUAAAGAGAUCACAAUCGGCACGAUCCACGGAUUACGACAGCAAGACUUUAUCAUCGCACGAUGAUCCAAAUAAUAUCACACUUGGGUUCACACCCGAAUUCAGUCCUCUCAAAUCGCCUCACGUGCCUCCUGAUGUCAAUGAGGAAAGCGUAUUUGGCGAUAGCACACCGACACCACCGCGAUGCAAAACACCACCAAAAGGAAUGCUCUUAAACUGGCAACAGACUAAAAUGAUCAUGAUACUUAGAUGCUUUGGAUUGAGCCAACAUAUUCCUAUAUUUCUCGAACAAGAAGUGGAUAUCGAUCUAUUUCUAGCACUUACGGAUCAAGAUUUGAUAGAAAUUGGUAUUGAAUACGAAGGAGACAGACGCGCUUUAUUAGAAGUAAUAGAAGAAUGUAAACGUCGUAAAGUAUAUUAAUAUUUAAUUAUGUUUAACUCUAAAUUAUAUUGAAUACAAUUUCUCUAUUAUAUACGUAUUUAU